AUCUGGAGAACUUGCUUCAACUUUCACUCUCGACAGAAUCACGUAAUAGCAGCCAUUUCUGAUUUUGCGAUCAACUUCUGUCGAGUUCAGCAAAUUCAGGUGACCAAUCACCACACCAAGAGCGGAAAUGUCAACACGCAAAUCCAGCCGCGCAACCAAAGCGGUGAAAUACACGUCUGCAUCUGAAGGGUCUGAUUUCGAAGACAAGAAGCGCAAGCCCCGAAAGACUUCUACAGCUCCCUCCAAAAGACCUACAAAAAGCACAAAAGCAGAAUCGAACGCAUUAGAAGGAAAGGCCCCCCUCGCCCCCAAGCGUCUCGCCGAACCCGACAACAACGACGAAGACGACGACACAGCAAAACCCCCCAAAUCCAAGCGCCAAAAGAAAUCCCCCAGCACACUCGCCACCGAAGCUCACGAAAAACAAGCCAAAGCCGACAAAGCCUUACACAAACAACAAUGGCAAGACUGGCUCGCAUCCCACUCUGUCGAGGGCGAGAUGCUAGAAGAUGAGCCCGACAAGGAAGAAAGCAUCACGCAGACCGACGCGCUGAAGAAGUACGGGCUCAAGAAAGAGGAAUUGGGUUCGUUACUGCGGUACGAGAAGAAGAACCCGCUGUAUGGGGGCACGAUGAAGUUAUUUCUUGAAGAGAAUGUGAGGGAGUUGGGGUUUAGGAAGGUGGGGAUGCUGGAGGGAGUGGAGGGGGGUGAUGAGGAGGUUUUGAGGAUGGGGGAGGAGAUUUGGAAAGCGGAAAAUAAAGACGACCCCGAGUCUGAAGAUGAAGACAAGCCGAUGAAGCCAGAGAAGAACGACAGGUCUGCGCCGGCGAAAGAGAAGAAGGACGCCCCAGCCAAACCCACCAAAUCAGCCAAAGAUAAGACACCCAAGCAAAAAUGGUCCGCAUACCUAUCCGCACACACCAUUGCCGCCGACUCGAACCUCACCGAAGAGCCAUCGGACGUCAUUAACCAAACAGAAUGUAAGAACAAGUACGGUCUCACGCCCCAGGACCUAGCUUGUUUAUCUUUCUUCCCUAAAAAGAACCCAGUGUACGGGAAGAUAAUGAAGUUGUUUGAAGAGAGUGAGGUGAAAAAGUUGGCGUAUGUGAAGAUUGCUGUUUUGGCGGGGGUGGAGGACGAUGGUGAGGAUGAAGGGGCGUUGGUGAAGGAAGGGAGAAAGAUUUUCGAGGAGCAGCGAAAGGAUGAGGAUGAAGAAUAGACGGUGGUUGUUCGCAGAUCACGAGCGGAAUAGUCUGCAAUGACCGAUAGAAGUCUUGGUAUAGUUACGAAAGUGAUUU